AUGGACCCAGUGAGCGAGAAUGGACAGGCCGCCUCAGCGACUGCCUCGGUGGUGGUUGUAGCAAGAAUUCGGCCCAAGUUGCCAAAGGAAGACAAGGAACCUGAUGGCGUGGAGGUUUACUCAGAUGCGCAGACUUUGUCAAUCUACAACAAUGGGCGAGAGAAGAAGCAGUACACCUUGGACCAAGUUUUUGACUCGCGCUGGAGGAUGCAGACGGCACGAUCUGCACGGUCCAAUGAGAGCGUGGAGAAGAGUCCUCGGCCUUCUGCUGCUGAGCAGCGCAAGUCCGAAGCUGCGGAAUCCCAGGCAAAGUUCUUCAAUGAUUUCGGACGCAAUCUGGUCACUCACUCACUGAAAGGCUACAACGUAUGUGUCUUCGCCUAUGGGCACACUGGCUCCGGAAAGACCUACACCAUGCUGGGUGAUGCUGCAGGCUCUGGUCGUGGAGCUGCUGCAGGGUUGCUGCCUCGUUUCCUCAUCGAACUCUUUCAGGAGCAUGAGGAUGCGCCACGUCCAGAUACCUGGCGCUGCAGCUGCGAGUUCUUUGAGGUCUACAAUGAGCAAAUCAGAGAUUUGCUGCAGCCAAAUGCCCAAGUGCAGAAACCCAAGAGAGUGCAUUGCCACCCAAAGCAUGGUGCUCGCAUUGAAGGUUUGACCAUGUCCGUGGUAAGCUCUGCCGAAGAAGUCAUGGAGCUGCUGCAUUUCGGGAACCAGAUGCGUACUGUUGCAGCUACGACCAUGUUGGAGCCCCAGUGGCGUCGUUUCUUGAUUCGCUCAGAAUUCUCGCUCUUCUCGAAGCCAUGCAUUCUUCAACUUCAAGCUGGGGACCAAGUCUUGUUUGCACAGUAUGAGCAGAUUGGCGAAGAGCCUGAUCAAGCACCAGGACCACCUCCCCCACCUCAAGCACGAGGAAAGGAGCGCCGCGUGACCAUUGCAGCUCCUCCCGAUACCAGCGGAGGCGGCUCUUGCAUGAGUGCAGUAACUUUUGUGGACCUGGCCGGUCGCGAAGAACGUGAACGGUUGGGGAACCACCCUGGGGCUUUGCAGUACAAGGAGAUGUGCUUCAUCAACACUUCCCUGUUCCACUUGGCUCAUCUGAUCACAAAGAUCUCCCAAGGCGGACUUUCCAGCAACAACCUCUCAGACUUCAGGAACUCCAAGGUGACGAUGCUUCUUUCACAAGCCUUGCAAGGCAAUUCACGGACAGCCGUAGUGGCUACGCUUUCUCCGUGCCAAUCAGCCUUUGAGGACUCAAUGUUUGGCCGGAAUUUCGCGGCAUCAGCCAAGAAGAUCCAGACCAAGCCAAUUGUGAAUUCGAAAUCGGCUGUGGAGAAAUUGGCGGAGCUGGAGAAUGAAGUGCACAGUCUGCAAGUUGAGCUGGCACAGAGCAAGACCAGCAACACAGAGAAGGAGCAAGAGCUUUUGUCAGCGCAAGCCUGGAUCAACUACUACAAGCGGUCCUGGGAAGAGGACACGCAGUGCAAAGCGCUUAGGCCAACUAUGUUUGGCUUUGCUGGCGAAUGUGCUGACUUUGCAGGCGUCGAUGCUCCAUGGAUGAUGGAGCCACGCAAAAAGAGGAGGAAGAAGGAGGAUGACCGAAGUGUGAUGGAGGUGCUGAAGCAGCUGUGGGGAACAGCCGAGUGGCCACCCAGGGGCAAAGGACCCAACCCGGCCCAGGAUGACCUACAAACCACGACAGGGAUGCGCUUUGGGAUGAGCUUAGUGGCCUUCACCAUUUGCUUCGGAGUGGGCUUUGCAGUGACCAUGGGUACUUCUGCACGUGACAGUCGGUCCAAGUUUCCAAUGCAUUUUCAGGCACUUGUUGGAGCAAUUUGUUGGCGUCACACUCACCAACGUGCCAUUUUCAUGCACAUGAUCCGCGUUGCCAUUCCUACGUUGAUUUUGCUCGGCCUCAGCAGGAUGCAGGCAUGGCUUCUCAGGCAAGUUGGGCGCGACGAGUCCCAGACUCUUCUGGAGUCGAUCUUUGACGGCUUUGAAGAUCUUGAAAGAUAUUCCAAAUAUUCACAAUUGUCAAGCAGCACCAAUGGCGCGGGCAAGGGAUACUUCUUGACCUUGGCCAUGGUGUACGUGGACUUGACCUUAGGCACGUGGCUGCUGAGAAGCAGUCCGGAUUUCGACACCUUCUCCAUGUCAGCCGGGAUCUUGGCGACAGCUCUGGCCAUCUUCAUCGACAAGUCUGCCGCUCUCAUGAUUAAGGGCUUGGUUUCAACCACAUCAUCUGACAGCUUGAGCAGGUUGCAGCGGACAUACCUUGCAGCCUACCUCUGUGCAAUGAUGGCAGAUUGGCUGCAAGGGCCAUUUGUGUAUGCACUCUAUGCAUCCUACGGAUUCACGCGGGAGGAGAAUGCAACUCUUUUCGUGGCUGGAUUCGGCAGCAGCGCAGUCUUUGGCACUUUCGUUGGGUCGCUGGCUGACAAAUAUGGCCGCCGGAAUUUUGCCGGGCUGUACUGCCUGCUUUACCUACUGUCCUGUCUCACCAAGCACUUCAAGGCUUACUGGAUGCUGAUGAUAGGGCGCAUCACGGGAGGUAUUGCCACAUCGCUUCUUUUCAGUGUGUUUGAUUCAUGGCUGGUGUCUGAACACACCGCUCGGGGUUUCCAUGGGGAUCAGCUGAGUGCUUCCUUCUCCAUUGCCUUCUUCGGAAACAGCCUGGUCGCCAUCUUGGCAGGGGAGCUUGGGCAAUACACCGCAGACAUCUUGCCGCUGACGCAGCUGUCGGGCAGCUUUCACUAUGGAGGCUAUACCGCGCCGUUUGUGACCGCCAAUAUGUUUCUGGUCUUUUGCUUUUCCCUGUUGACAUCGACUUGGUCUGAAAACUAUGGGCAAAGCUCAAAGGACGUUGAUGGCAAGAAUGAUGGCCUUUUGGAGGCAGCACAGCUGGUCGUUGCGCAGCCCCUGGUUGGUCUUUGCGGCCUUGUGUGUUGUCUCUUUGAAUCAUCCAUGUUCAUCUUCGUCUUCAAUUGGACACCCGUUCUGACGGAGGAGGGCGAACCAGACCCUCCAUUUGGGCAUAUCUUUGCCGGAUUCAUGAUCUUCUGCAUGCUCGGCAGCCGGUGUUUUUCCCUUGCUGGGCAUCAAAUGUCAAACGAAAGAGUUGGACUCUAUACACUCUUCGCGGCGGCUGCAUGCCAUGCCACCGUUCUGCUGACAGAGUCCGUUUCUCUUCGCUUGCUUGCAUUCUUUGUCUUUGAAAUGUGUGUCGGGCUCUACUUCCCCAUGAUGGGGACCAUGAAGGGCCAGAUAGUGCCUGAGUUUGGUCCCCAGGAUGCGAAGAGUGCCUCUUGCUUCUUGCAGAGUUUCCUUGGCCGAGGUCUAAAAGAGCGACCAUCUACAAUCUCUAUCGCUUGCCUCUAAAUAUCAUUGUAGUGUUGACCCUCAUGCUGAAACUUGGCGCUGGCAUGUCCUUCUUUAUCACGAGCGUGAUGCUGGCUGUAGCUGCGCUAGCUCAGGCCCGCAUCAUCAAAAUGGGCGGAGCUCGGCCCACCACAUUGCCAGCGCCCAUCGAUGAGGAAGAGCAGACGGAGUUGACAGCCGGGAAGAUCGGGAAGGUGACAGAUGAGGAGGAUCCCUGAGAUGGACGUGGUAAUACGUGGUAUGAGAUGGUUAUGACAUGGUACCUACCAAAGGUAUCAGAUUCAGAUUGUAUCACCAGGAUGAAAUUUGUCCUGAGGGCUCGGUCCGAGAUCAGAACCGCCCCGAAGUCAGUAGCGUUUCAAGAGCUUAUGUAGCACCAGCUGCUACAGAUUCCACAUGACCG